AUGGCAGGAGCUUUGGUCGACGUCAAGCCUACGCCGAUCCUGAAGGAGGAGCUUGACAUCGUGAUCCCGACGAUUCGAAACCUGGACUUCUUGGAGAUGUGGAGGCCGUUCUUCGAGCCCUAUCACCUGAUCAUAGUCCAGGACGGUGACCCGUCGAGGACCAUCAAGGUCCCAGAUGGCUUCGACUAUGAGCUCUACAAUCGAAACGACAUCAACCGUAUUCUGGGUCCCAAGGCCUCUUGCAUUUCCUUCAAGGACUCUGCUUGCCGCUGCUUUGGCUACUUGGUCUCUAAGAAGAAGUACAUCUUUACCAUUGACGACGAUUGCUUUGUUGCCAAAGACCCAUCUGGGAAAGAGGUCAAUGCACUCGAACAACAUAUAAAAAACCUGCUAAAUCCGUCAACUCCUCUAUUUUUCAACACUCUUUAUGAUCCAUACAGAGAAGGCGCAGACUUUGUCCGUGGAUAUCCUUUUAGUCUCCGUGAGGGUGUCCCUACCGCUGUUUCUCAUGGCCUCUGGCUCAACAUCCCUGACUAUGAUGCUCCCACCCAGCUUGCCAAACCUCUAGAAAGGAACACCAGGUUUGUUGAUGCAGUUCUGACCAUACCCAAGGGAACUCUAUUUCCUAUGUGUGGUAUGAACUUGGCAUUCAACCGUGAACUGAUUGGACCAGCAAUGUACUUUGGACUCAUGGGUGAUGGUCAGCCAAUUGGAAGAUAUGAUGAUAUGUGGGCUGGCUGGUGUAUGAAGGUUAUAUGCGACCAUUUGGGAUAUGGUGUCAAGACUGGUCUGCCCUACAUAUGGCACAGCAAAGCCAGCAAUCCAUUUGUUAACCUAAAAAAGGAGUACAAUGGUAUAUUCUGGCAAGAAGAGCUGAUCCCCUUCUUCCAAUCUGCGGUCCUUACAAAAGAAUGCACCACUGUUCAGCAGUGCUACAUCGAACUCUCUAAGCAAGUCAAGGCUAAGCUUGGCAAGAUUGACCCAUACUUCCUUAAGCUGGCAGAUGCCAUGGUUACUUGGGUAGAAGCUUGGGAUGAACUUAACGGAAAAGUAGAUGUUGAUCAACAGUAA